GUCAAACCAUUAAUAAUAGAAAGAAUGAGCAUAAAUGUGCACAGGAAACAUCAAAAUUGAUAGAUAAUACAUUCAAAAGUCAUCAAUACAAUUUACAAGUUGUUGUCGAAAAAAAGUCAAAAGUUUUAUCAGCAAAAAAUUGAUUCAUACCUAAUUUAAGAGUUGUUCUUGCAAGAAUGACUACCGUACUAUAUUCCAUCCUCGGAUUUCUUGUAUUCGAGAACUUGGUGGAACUGUAUUUGACUUUUAGACAGUUGAAAGUCUACAAAACCAGCAAGAAUGUACCGGAAGAGCUUAAGGAAGCAUUGAAAGAAGAAACUUUCGAAAAAGCAAGACUUUAUGGCAUAGAUAAAGCUGAAUUUGAGAUAUUUAAGUCGAUUCUUUGUGAUAUAAUUAUAGUGUCUAUAGAAUUAUAUUGUGGUUUUAUUGCAUACUUAUGGAAUGAAGCUAUUGUGUAUACUGGAAGAUUCCAUCUUAAUCCAGCCAAUGAGAUUCAUGUCUCCUGCAUCUUUUUACUAAUUGUCAAUGUCAUUGGGAUAUUCAAGGACCUGCCAUUUGGCAUUUAUAGUACUUUUGUACUCGAGGAAAAACACGGAUUUAAUAAACAGACUGCAUCAUUCUUCAUUAAGGACCAAUUGAAAGCAUUCGCUGUUGGACAGGCUAUAAGCAUCCCAAUUGUGGCUUGUAUCGUCUGGAUUGUCCAAAUUGGCGGUGACUAUUUCUUCGUCUGGCUCUGGGCAUUCGUUGGACUCAUUUCCAUGCUUCUCAUCACAUUCUAUCCAGUCUACAUUGCACCUUUGUUUGACAAGUUCAGACCUUUACAAGAAGGAAAGUUAAGGACAUCAAUUGAGGAACUAGCUGCAUCACUUUCAUUUCCAAUUGGUCAACUUUUGGUUGUUGAGGGAUCAAAAAGAAGUCAUCACUCGAAUGCAUACUUUACAGGACUUUGGGGAGUCAAAAGAAUUGUCCUUUUUGACACAUUGUUGCUGAAUAAAGGACUUGCUGAUGACAGCACAUUAGCUGCGGAUGAAAAAGGAAAAGGAUGUACUGAUGAGGAAGUUUUGGCUGUUUUAGCACACGAACUUGGACAUUGGAAGCUUGGACAUAUGACUAAGAAUAUUGUCAUUAUGCAGGUUCAAUUAUUCAUUAUUUUCAUGAUGUUUGCCUAUCUCUUCAAGUUCGAUGCACUUUAUGAAGCUGUUGGAUUCACAAAUGGAAAGCAGCCAAUUAUUGUCGGAUUCCUAGUCAUCAUUAUGUACGUUCUUGCUCCAUUCAACACAGUUGUCAGCUUCGGAAUGACUUUGUUGUCUAGAAAGUUUGAGUAUCAAGCUGAUGCAUUUGCCAAACAACUAGGUUUUGCUGCUGAUCUCUGCAAGUCACUCAUUAAGCUUCACAUUGAUAAUUUAGGCUUUCCAAUCUACGAUUAUUUGUACAGCAGUUGGAAUCAUUCGCAUCCAACACUAUUGCAACGCAUGAGUCGAUUGAAGGACAACAGCGAAGAUGAGUUUGUUAAGAGCAAGCUGCACAAAAAAGUCAACUAGUUUUACAUUCGAUAAAUUUAAACCAGUCACACCAACAAGAAAGAAGAUUUGAUUCAACAAUUUUGCACAUUAUCUGUUUUUAUGAUUCCCUGAUCUUCUAUCUGUCUUUUCUCUCUGUCUAUUUUAUUUCGCAACACUACGGUAAAAAAAAAAAAUCCAAAAAUUAUUUGUAAUGAGUUUUUUUGUAUGAAUUGAUGAAUGAAUAAAAAAUAAAAUCAAACUUAAAUGGUGAUUU